GAAUUCAGGUGGAUUUUUUCAAUCCAAAUAUUAAGGAUGAAUGUGCUUUAUCUUUCCAUACUUACUGUUUUAUGCAGGUUUGCUUCAAGUGAAGAUUGGUGUUAUCAGACCCAAGUCACUUGCAACAGAACGUGUGCGGGACCGGAUGAAUGGGAAACCAUUGCCCCAGAAUGUGGAAAUGGAAAACAGUCACCCAUUAAUAUUGUAACAAAGACUACUUUGACAGACAGUCGUCUGACCCAAGUGCAGUUUACAGGCUAUCAAGAGGUGAUCAAUACUAUCAUUAUAAACAAUGGACACACAGUGCAAGUGAAUCUGCAAAAUAUAGCAAGAAUUGACGGAGCCAAUUUAGGAGCCGCUUACAAAGCUCAGCAGCUUCACCUGCACUGGGGCAAGAAUGGAGGACCUGGAUCAGAACAUACUAUAGAUGGAGAGAAAUACCCUAUGGAGCUGCACAUUGUACAUAUAAAAGAAAAUUACAACUCUGUGGAACAAGCCAUCGGUGACCCUUCUGGAGUGGCUGUUCUUGGAUUUUUUUAUGAGGAAUCAGAAAAUGCCAAUAAAAAAUAUGAAGGCAUCAUAAAUUCUCUGGAAAAUAUUACACACCCUGGCACCAAUGUAACACUUGGAGAUAUAUCAUUAGACAUGCUUAUUCCCUCCCAUGAUAAAUUGGAGAAGUACUAUCGCUACCAGGGGUCCCUCACCACACCGGCCUGCUCUGAAGCAGUGGUCUGGACAAUAUUUGAGGAACCGAUACCACUCAGCAGAGAACAGCUUUCUGCAUUUUCAAACUUGACGUUUCAUGAUGGGACUGCCAUGGUAAACACAUACCGACCCAUUCAGCUGCGGUACGGACGUCAGGUGUUUUAUUCUAGGAGUUAUGCUUUCUGUGUUAGCACUGCCUUAUUGAUCAGCUCUGUUUUCACAUCAAUCUAUGUUCUCAUGGUGUGAUUUAUGCUUAUGUUUUUGGGGUAUUGCUCGAAGCAAGUUAUUUAUCAUUUCUUAAUAAUUCAAGACCAAUCAAACUUUAUUGUUCUUCAGCCUGUGGCUUAAACAGCAUAACAUAAAAUGAAACUGAAGCACAUCCUACGUCAGAGUCCUUCUCAAAUGUAUUUAAUGAAAUUUAUUUAUACAAAAGUCAUCAUUUAAUUGAUAUUGUUGUAAAAACUGUUGUAAAAGUACAAUAUUUAGCUGUGUCUGUUAUAAGAAUUUAUAAAUAUAUAUAUUUAUAAAUAUAUUUUGUCCUAUUUUGAAUCCCAUUUGUUACUGUAUUCUUGUUUUUCUGUAUUGGUAGGCCCAAUUGUUCAGUCCAAAUUAUAA